AUCCGCACACACACACACACACACAAACACGCACACACACUUAGCUAGUGACACUGUGAAAGUGAGAGCAGCCCUACCUGUCCAACUGCAUGAGAUCAAAACAUUGCCGCCUCAUAUCAAAGAAGAACCCCCAACAGAUCUAGCGGUGUAGAGAAUGACCAGAACAAUGAAGAGCAGAGAGUUGCCGUUUCUAGUUGUGUUAUUGAUAACAUUAACAGUAUGUCUUGCUCAAGAUGAAGAGACUGAUAUCGGAUGCCCAGAAGUAGCUUGUCGAUGUCCUUUUGGGACUUACUGGACAACCGACUCUAAAGGAUGUACUACGUGCUCUUGCCUCCCCCAAAACUGCUCUGUAGACUGCUUGAAUCUCAAUUGCCCCAACGGCCGAGUAGUAGCCCCAGACGGAUGCCCGACAUGUUCUUGCCAACCAGUAGAAUGCAAACCCGCCAUUUGCCCUACAAUUAAAUGCGCCUUCGGCUUAGCUAAAGACGACAAAGGAUGUACAAUCUGUCAGUGCAACCAAUGCCCAUUGUUGAAAUGCCCGAGAAUUGCGUGUUUUCAAAAUUUAAUUUACGAAGUGGAUCAAUACGGAUGCAAAGUCAACUGUACUUGCCCCUUCCAUGAAUGUCCAGUGCAUGACUGCUUACAAGACACUAACUGCCCCUACGGCUUCGCUAAGGACGCAAAUGGCUGCGAAACAUGUAAAUGUCAAUUAAAGUAUUGUCCAGUUUUGACAUGUCAAGCUUGCCCUAACGGUUUCCUGUCUGACACAAAUGGCUGCCUAACAUGCCAAUGCAAGCCAAAUGAAUGUCCAGCACUCAAAUGUAAAACGUGUUUCUAUGGAAACGUGGUGGACCAGAAUGGAUGUACCACAUGCAUAUGUAAACCGAGGCCUUGCCCACAAAUCAGAUGUAAACCUUGCCGCUUCGGCUACCUGCAAGAUUCUAAUGGUUGCCAAACUUGCAAAUGUAAAAAGCCCGUUUGUUCACGUUUUAAGUGUGCCCCAUGCCCCAACGGCUAUCUAACUGACAAAAACGGCUGCCAGACCUGUCAAUGCAAGACUGCAGUGUGCCCACUUUUCAAAUGUGUACCAUGCCCCAACGGCUAUCUAACUGACAAAAACGGCUGCCAGACCUGUCAAUGCAAGCCGUAGUGUCCAUAUAUUUACUAUACCGCAACGGUUACAAAAUUAAUUACAACAGCUUUCAUAUUUUGAAACGUUAACUUAAUUGUAUGAUUUGUAAUAAAGAAAUAUAAUAAAAUCCACAUUUUACAAGCUUA